AUGGCGAUCCACUACGGCCGGAGGAGUACUCGUACCGCCACCACUACUGGCACUGGCGCCACUACCACCGUGGCCUGGAUCAGUAGGGCCGCCAUCGGCGUCGUCAUUGCAAACCACGUGCCGGUGGAGGGCGUCGCUGUGUUGCUUGGCGUCUCGGAAGAAGCGGAAGAAGCAGAAGAGGUGAAGUUGGUCAUGUCCGAGGAAGACGGGAAAGAAGUGACGCUGGAGGUGUCUGUCGUGCCGAAUGGACUGGAAGGCGGGGUGAACGGCCCCCCGGUUGGGGCUGUUGUCCAGUUCCAAUCUCGCCAGGGGUACGGAGCCGUCAGUACACAUGGGGUAGGGUGCGUGCUGUUGGGCCACAAUAGCGAUGUUGGCACGCCGGUAGGAAUGGGUAUGGGUAUGGGUAUACCGCCUGGAAUUCCACUUGCCGGUGAUGGGGUUGUGGUGUUGCUUGCUGCUGUAGACGUAGAAGUCGAGUCGUCAGGUGUUGCGCUGGUGCUGAGUGCUGUGGCAUCGUCAGUCAACAAUGACGAAGUCGCCUCGGAAGGAGAUGGUGGUGUCGACUCGCUGGUCGAUGAGGUCGUGGACGACACGAAGGAGUCCGACGUCGUAGGAUUGGUUGCUGGUGGGGCCGAGCUGUCUGUUGGGAUUGCAUUCGUGACCGCUGAGACGAGAGAAGAAUUGAACCAAACGGUGGAUGAUGCUGAAGUUUCGCCCGGCGAAAAGACCCUGGUGGUGUUGCUCUCCACCACAAUGGUCAUAGUGAGUGACCCUGGCUGCAAUGAGGUUGGGCCGGUCGCUCCGCCUGUACUAUUUGAGGGAGCCGUCCUCGUGUUGGAUCCACCAGAAAACGUGUGGUUUCUUCUCUCAGGUACAGUGGCUAUCACUGUAAAUUCUUCAGGCGCCGGAGUCACAGCGUUUCCGGACUCGGGCGAAGUGUCGGUCUCUGAGGGUGAGGUAUACCCUGGAGCUGGUGAGGAUGUAUUCGUCCACAACGGCCCGUCUGUAGAUCUGCCAGUGCCCCAGGGAGGAUUUGUGCCGUUAGAGGUGAAAUUUGAACCGGGAAUGGACCAGAUUGUGGUUGUAGAUCUCAUUGUCAUGACAGUCAUCGGCAAGACGCUGGGUGCAUCUGACGCUGUCGUUCCAUCCGAUGAAGCAGUAUUCGAAGCGGCGGACCAAGUGCUUUCCGCCGAGGCGAUGGUUGCAUUGCUCCGCGACGAAGUGGAUGGCGAUGCCGCGGUGUUAUUGUCAUUCGAGGUGGUGUUGGCGAACGGCGGCGAGGUUAUUAGAGGGUUUGGGCUUCGAUUGGUGCCCUGA